UGUUAUUGCAGGCUUUGCAGCGCAUGUAGACGUGGUCGUGGACUUUAAACGACUUUUGCUGUCAUUCUUUGGGUGGCAUUUGAUGUCUGAGUGUGCGUCACCAGAUCUCUGGGCUUGCACCCUCCUUGGACACACAGCGAAGCAGUCAGGAUGGAUGGUGUAAAAACUACCACCACUCUCCUUCUAGUCCUGGGUCUUACAUGCAAUGUGAUUGGUCAGUUGGUUCGGGUGAACUCUGGACUGGAGGUCCCUAUUGGUCGAUCAGUAAGCCUUGAUCAGGAUGACCUGGUGUUUGAACCGGUAGAAGAAGGGGAGCAGUGUAAGGUUGAGGUAGCUCUGAACGAACCUUACUACCAGAAAGUCGGCCUUCUACAACCAGAGGUGUUUGAUUGUGAGUUCCUGCCAGAGACCAUCAAGUACACUCAUUCUGGACUACCAUACUUGGACCAUGAUGUGGUCAAAUUACGAGUCUACAAGUUCACCGAGACGGACACGGUUUCAGAGACAGUUUACCUCAGGGUCAACAUCUCCUUGAAUUCUUAUCAAACUGUGAGGCCGACGGGACCACUCCAAGUUGACCGCUUCUUCGGAAGUUCGGAGUUGAUUGACAUGAGAGUUCUGGACUUGGCAUAUGAGCGCUACAGGAACGUGUCAUGUAUGGUUCAUAUCAACACAGUCACAAGUGGGUUUCCAAAGUACGGGGAACUGACAAAAGGAGAGGGUGAAGAGAAGGUGAGGGUUAGAGCCCUGACUGCCGAUUGCUACGAUUUCAUGAUGGGAAUGAUACGCUACGAGCAUCUGGUGCCUCCGACGCCAAACAUAGACUAUAUUCCGAUGACUGUGACAACAAAUGAUCCAUUGCUGAUUGAAGGAACCUAUGAGGAGGUGUACUACUUACCUGUGGAGAUCGCGGAAGCCUUUCCGAAUCAGAAUCCAAUCGCAGCGAUGAUGAGCAUGUAUGUAAUGGAGGCAGAUCAGUUCAUCCUGACCACCAUCACGCCCUCGGUGAUCUCUGGUAGAGAUGAUGAAACUGCCAAUGAGGAUCUGGUGUUCUUUAUCAGUCAACCCUUCGGUCCAGACGAAGGGUACAUCGUCAACCUCGAUGACCACACCCACCCAAUAGAAUCCUUCACACAGUAUGACCUGUCAAGAUUGAAUAUAGCGUACAAACCUCCCAUCGUCAGCUCAGCAGAGAGGCGAGUCUUUACAGCAGAGUUCACUGUGUAUGAUACUUACUUUGCGGAAAGUAAUCCCAUUAACCUUAUGGUGUCAGUGAGGACCACUGAAACAAAUGCUCCUAGAGUUUCUGUGAAUACUGGUCUUACUAUGUUAGAAGGACAGUCAAGGAUCAUCCGUCCAACAGAUCUUCAGCUAGUUGACAAUGAUAACCUGAAUUUUGUUCGAGCCAAAGUGGUUGGCGGACUACGCCAUGGAAGGCUCUACAAUAAUGAACGUCCUGUCAUCAUGUUCUCAGCAGCAGAUAUCAAUUCCAAUACCCUUGUAUAUCGUCAUGAUGAUAGUGACACAUUGAAGGAUAGCAUUGAGCUGAGGAUCACAGAUGGACGGCACAGCGUCAGGACAACUUUCCCUAUAAAUAUUCUUCCAAAGGAUGACAGUGCCCCUUAUCUCAUUAACAAUGUCCAGUUUGAACUCCAAGAAGGUAGUACAAUUCGUAUCACCCGUUUCUUGCUCGUCGCAGCUGAUAUGGACUCCAGCGAUGACUACAUAAUCUUCAGAAUCACUCAGCCUCCAGUAGCUGGUGAAAUCUUGAAGAAGUUCUCUGAAGAUGCAUACGGGUAUCCUGUCACAGAGUUCACUCAGAAAGAUCUUUUCCGUGGCCUGAUCUACUAUCACCAUCUUGGUGGAGAGGUCUUCUUAGAUACUUUCGAGCUGGUUCUUCUGGACAACCAGAUACCUCCUAACGAGUCACCAACACAGGUUGUGAUGGUGAAGAUUAGUCCUGUACAUGAUCUGCCUCCAGAGAGGGUUUCUGGAUCAACGCAGUCUCUGAUUGUCCUUGAAACAGAGAUUGCGUACAUUACCAAGAAUCAACUGCACUUCACGGAUGCUGAAUCAACCGAAGAACAUCUCCGCUAUACCAUCACAACCCCACCUUACAUAACAGAUACACACAGCCUUACUAAUGCUGGGAGGGUGAUAUCAACAGUGGAUGUCCUAUCCCCAGCUAAGGAUCCCAAUAUGCCAGCGAUUCGAUCUUUUACCCAGGGUGAGGUAAACAUGCACAACAUUGCCUACAUGCCACCCUUAAAGGAGAUCGGUCCAAACCCUGUUCACAUCCGUUUUGUCUUCUCCGUCUCUGAUCCCUUCGGAAACCUUGUCCUCGGUGAACUCUUUGACGUCACCGUCUUACCAGUCAACAACCAGGAGCCAGUCUUACGUGUCAAUGACCUCACUGUCCGGGAGGGCCAGUCCUUGAUCUUUGAUCCUGUGAAGUUCUCGGUAUCUGACAUGGAUACGGAGGCCAGAGAUCUGAUCAUCAAUUUCUUGGAACUGCCUGAACAUGGAAGGAUUCUCUUGAAUGGAGUCAACCUGACUGUUGGGAACCAUGUCACCAUGUCUGACGUUGCUGCAGGUAGGGUCAGCUACAUGAGUGAUGGUUCUGAGUCUUCCAGUGACCAGUUCACAGUGAGCCUGUCAGAUGGUGUCCACUCCAUCACUGAGAUUGUCACCAUCAACGUCAUACCAGUCAACGAUGAAGUUCCGGCCUUGCUACCAGGUCUGGAGUCAGAACUGACUAUUCCAGAGGGAGGGAGUGUGACUAUUGGAUCAGAUGUCCUCUCAGCAACUGACCCAGACACCAAUGACCUGCUGCUACAUUACAUUGUAGUGAUGCACCCCCUCAGGGGUGUACUCUUAAAGGAUGGGGUGAUUGUGAAUAGGUUUUCCCAGAGGGACGUCAACAGGGGGAAGAUAGUUUAUGAACACACUGGUGGAGAGACGGGUCUUAGUAAUAUCCAAGAUGUGAUAACGUUUAUCGUGUCAGAUAAGAGCAUUCCAUCCAAUCCGGACCUUCCAGUGAAAGAUGUCAUCAUCAACAUUGCUCCAUCUGAUGAUAGGCCUCCUAGGAUAGUCUUUGGGAAUCCUUUUUUUGUUAAUGAGGGUGAGAAAGCACCGCUGACUGUGGAUGUCCUCAGUGCUGUUGAUCGAGACUCUCCAUUGGGUGACCUGCGGUUCGUCAUCACGCGCCAACCUGUCUGGGGCUUUGUAGAGAAUGUCCUACCAACACCUGGGUUUGAGAAGAGUAAUGCAGGUAAACCUAUCACUUCUUUCACCUUCCAAGACAUCACUGAUGGCAACAUCAACUUUGUCCAGUCACCGUCCUCCAGGAUGGAGCCCAUUAGUGAUUCCUUCAUGUUAUAUGUAACCGAUGGAGAACACUCCUCACCUAAUGUGACAUUUGUGGUGAAUAUCACUCCUCAGAAUGAUGAAGUGCCAACACUGACGGUCCGCAACUUCACAGUUCACGAAGGGUCGUUCUUCAAGAUCCGGACUGAUACAAUUAAUGCGAAUGACCUUGAUAUCCCGAUGGAUAUGCUGAUGUUCUCUAUAGUAAGGGCACCGGAGCAUGGCAUGAUUAUAAACAGAGUGCCCACUCUUGUUGAGAGUCCUACACCAGUCUAUGACUUCAAUAUCAACCAACUUCUCAAUACCCUCUCCCUGGCAUAUGUGCAUGAUGACUCCGAGUCUACAGAGGAUAGGUUUGUGGUUCGGGUAACAGACGGAAAGCAUACUGUCCGUAAAACUGUCAACAUCACCAUCAUCCCGGUCAAUGAUGAGAGUCCAGAGAUAAUCAAGAAUGCAGGCAUUAGGAUCAGUAUUCGUGAGAAUCGCAUUAUAUCUUCAGUCAUCCUCCGGACGGAAGAUAGAGACACACCCGACGAUUAUCUCGUCUAUACCCUGAACUCUCUACCAAGGAGGGGCACCUUGCAGCGCAAGGUUGCUGAGGAUACUUGGGAAGACAUCACUGACACUCUCACCAACUUUACCCAAUGGGAUCUCAAUCAGAACUUGAUACGUUAUGUCCAUUCUGCAAACUUGGGUUCCAAAGGCAUAGACCGAUUCUAUUUCUCUGUUAGUGAUGGUGUCCAUUCAACUGGAAAACAGAACUUUAGGAUCAUGAUCCAGAACACCAAACGAGAACCGUUGAUCAUCACCAAUAAUGGCCUUCAGCUCGAUGAAGGCCAGACAGUCAUCAUUCCACCAACCAUCCUAUCUGCAAAUGACAACAGUGGGCAGCUGACUGAUAUUUUAUUCAACGUCUUGUCAUCUCCAACGCAGGGACACUUGGAGGAUGUUGCCAGGCCUGGUAUACCUCUCACAACCUUUUCUCAAAUGGACAUCUUGGGUCAGAGGUUGGUGUAUAGACAUCUCAGGGUUGAUCAAAUCAAUAACGAUGAAUUCACAUUCAGUGUGACUAAUGGAUAUGAAGUCCGUAACGACACUUUCCAGAUCGUUGUUAAUCCUGUGGACAAUAUGUUGCCAGUACUAAUGGUCAAAGAAGAGGUGACUGUGGCUCAAAAUGGUUUCCAGAUCAUCUCUCUAUCGCAGCUCCAUGCUCUUGAUCCAGAUACCCCAGCAUCAAGUGUGUUCUUUGUUGUCACCCAAAUGCCUAAUUUCGGAACUCUGCUGAUUGGUGGCCUUCCUAUCGAGCAGAGAUUUACCCAACAGGAUAUUGAUAACUAUGACAUCUCGUAUCGACAUGACUUUGGACAAGCGGACACUGACGAGUUCUUCUUUGUUGUUGAAGAUGGCACCAACAGGGGAUUCUUGACUGGUGGCAACAUCCAGUACGAGCCGGUGCGCUUCCAGAUCAACAUCAACAUUGUGGAUUCCUCACCUCCCGAAAUCAUCACCAACGUUGGUCCGACCAAGAUGCAGACAAUGCUUGAUAGGACAGGAUUUGUCUUCUCCAACAUGAAUCUCCAAGCUGUGGAUGACUGUUCUGCAGAUGACGUGACAUACUCUGUGGUGAAAGAUCCCAUGUUUGGUCAUCUCGAAUAUGUUGACACCUUCCAGAGGAUACAAGGACGUUUCGUCCAGACAGACAUCAACAACAAGAGAGUGAUGUAUGUAAUGAGGGACAAUGCCAGAGCAGCCAAUGAUAGCUUUAUGUUUGAUGUUUGGGAUUGCCAUGGAAACAGUUUGAAAAAUCAGAGGUUUUCUAUGCACUGGUCUGUGGUGAUGUUCUCUCGUCCUCAGUUCAUGGUCUGUGAGUCCGACGGCACUCUCUCCAUCCCAAUCAUCCGGAUCGGCAACCAGCUACUGUCUUCCUUCGUCAGUCUGGAGCUCCAGGACUUGACAGCCACCAGCGGGUUGGACUACCAACCGAGCCGGGCGAGGCUUCUCCAGUUUGACCCAGCCAUUACUUCGGUGGCAUGGGAUGCUGUCCUGAUGGCGGAUGACCUAGAGGAAACGAGAGAGCGGUUCAGGCUGACUCUGGUCGAUCCAGUCAAUGCGGUGAUCGGAGAGUACAACAGGAUUACGGUUGUCAUCAAGGAUUCUAAGAAUGGUGUGUGCAAGAGUUCCCCAACUGAUGUGCAACCUUCAGUGGAUAUUCCAGGAUGUUGUGGAGAUCAAUCAGGAAUAGUGGAUCACCAGCUUGUUCCAGUUCCGGGAAUACCACCACAGGAUCCAUACCCUUACAAUCCAGAUGCUGGAUCUGGUCCUUACAACCCUGGAGUAGGUCCGGAUGGUGGACCAGGAUUAAGACCUGGGCCCUACAAUCCUGGUGAAGGCCCUGGACCAGGACCAUACAAUCCUGAGGCUGUACCAGAUGGAGGAAUAGUUGGUGGACCUGAUUUGGGACCAGGUCCUUACAACCCUGGGGGACCUUCAGUUCCAGGACAAGGUCCCUACAAUCCUGGUGGGGACCCAAUUUUUAGACCAGGACCAUAUGACCCAUACCAACCUGGAGUAGGUGACCCAGUCUUUAAUGAAGGAAGUCUGGUUGAUGCUGACCCUGCAAUCAAUGAUGGACCACCAGUGCAGUAUCCUCCAGGAGCACCUAGGGUUGAGCAACAGCCAUUUGAUCCUUAUGCAGAAGAGACCUGGUACAGAUAUCCAUUUGGUGUUGGAUAUGAUGGCACAGAUGGGACUCGCUAUGAGGGACCAUAUGGGUCACAGCCUAUUAUUGUUGAACCACUCCCGGAUCAGAACUGCUGCGAGGAUGGAUUAGUCCAGCCAGGGAGUGGAACGCAGCCGGGUGUUCCUAAUCCUAACUUUAAUCCAAACCAGCAGGGCAACUUGUAUCCGAUAGGUAACCCCAAUCCAUACCCACAAGGACAGCCAUCUUCACCCGGGAACCCUCCCAGUCACGGCCCAUCAACUAAUUUUGAGCAGCCAUUUGUCCCUCCUGGUCCUGGAGGCUAUCCUCCCCCUCAAGGAGGAGUGGAACCUGACCAACCUCCAGUCGCACCUGAUGGAGAUGUUAGACUGUACCAUGCCACAGUAGGGGGUGCUGGUGGCCAGACGCAUGUUGUACCCAUACUACUUGCAGAUAAUCGACCAGGGCAGCUGGAGGAGGAUCAACCACCAGAAUCAGAAGUGAGCAAUGUUUUUCUUCCGACCGUGGUCCGAGGAGUCCAGAGACCAAGACUUACACCUGGCGAUCCCUCAGGGGGCAGUUCCCCUGUCAAUCCAAGACAGUUUCCUCUAGGUCAAGGCAAUGCACAGGUGGCCUCAAACAAUCAGCCCCCUCCAGAUGCUGAGUCCCUGUUUCCUUUCCCCUGCACCCCGGCCAACAGAGGAGAGAUCAGACAGGAUGCAGACUCAGGGAGCUUGGCCAAGUGUGAUGGCACGUACUGGGUGGAGUUUGAUAUAUCACAGCUUGUGAGAGCUAUCACUGGCACUGCUACGGGAACUGAUUAUGAUAACGGGCAGUGUGAAAGAGGUUGGAGUUACCAUAACAGCAGAUGCUUUUUAAUAUCAAGACAUGCUCAGUCAUGGAAUGAAGCACAGAAGAUAUGCAGAGAAAGGUACAACGGUAAUUUGGCAAGCAUCUUAUCCAAGAGGGAGCUCAAAUGGCUUGGUGAUUUACUGAAUGGAGAAACUGCUUGGAUAGGUCUAAAUGACAAACAAGUUGAGGACCAGUGGGAGUGGGUUUCUGGAGACCCAAUCACCUUCUCGAGGUGGUCACCUUCCGCACGAGCAUCCAACCGGAGUGAUCGAUAUGACUGCACUUACAUCACAGCUAGACUACGAUGGUUUGAUAAGGAUUGCGAUACCACUGCGAAGAGCUAUGUAUGUAUGAAGAAUGCAGAAUGAUGGGGGAAGGGGGGGGGGGGCACUCGUUUGAGUGUAUGGAUUAGGGUGGGGAACCUGUUUAGGAUGUCUGUUUUCUUCUCACCCAUGUGACUAAAAUGCCUUCAUCUUCAUGAAAUGUACAUCACAGCUAGACUACGAUGGUUUGAUAAGGAUUGCGAUACCACUGCCAAGAGCUAUGUAUGUAUGAAGAAUGCAGAAUGAUUAGGGGGGGGGGGGCACUCCUUUGAGUGUAUAUAUUAGGGUGGGGAACCUGUUUAGGAUGUCUGUUUUCUUCUCACCCACAUGACUAAAAUGCCUUCAUCUUCAUGAAAUGUACAUCACAGCUAGACUACGAUGGUUUGAUAAGGAUUGCGAUACCACUGCUAAGAGCUAUGUAUGUAUGAAGAAUGCAGAAUGAUUGGGGGGGGGGGGCACUCCUUUGAGUGUAUGGAUUAGGGUGGGGAACCUGUUUAGGAUUUCUGUUUUCUUCUCACCCAUGUGACUAAAAUGCCUUCAUCUUCAUGAAAUGUACAUCACAGCUAGACUACGAUGGUUUGAUGAGGAUUGCGAUACCACUGCGAAGAGCUAUGUAUGUAUGAAGAAUGCAGAAUGAUAGGGGGGGGGGCACUUCUUUGAGUGUAUGGAUUAGGGUGGGGAACCUGUUUAGGAUGUCUGUUUUCUUCUCACCCACAUGACUAAAAUGCAUUCAACUUCAUGAAAUGUACAUCACAGCUAGACUACGAUGGUUUGAUAAGGAUUGCGAUACCACUGCGAAGAGCUAUGUAUGUAUGAAGAAUGCAGAAUGAUAGGGGGGGGGCACUUCUUUGAGUGUAUGGAUUAGGGUGGGGAACCUGUUUAGGAUGUCUGUUUUCUUCUCACCCACAUGACUAAAAUGCAUUCAACUUCAUGAAAUGUACAUCACAGCUAGACUACGAUGGUUUGAUAAGGAUUGCGAUACCACUGCUAAGAGCUAUGUAUGUAUGAAGAAUGCAGAAUGAUUGGGGGGGGGGCACUCCUUUGAGUGUAUGGAUUAGGGUGGGGAACCUGUUUAGGAUGUCUGUUUUCUUCUCACCCACAUGACUAAAAUGCAUUCAACUUCAUGAAAUGUACAUCACAGCUAGACUACGAUGGUUUGAUAAGGAUUGCGAUACCACUGCUAAGAGCUAUGUAUGUAUGAAGAAUGCAGAAUGAUUGGGGAAGGGGGGGGUUCUUUGAGUCUCUGGGAUGGGUUUUGGAACCCAUUCAGGUUGUUUGUGUUCUUCUUGAUACAAGUGGGAUCUUAUAGAUGAAGAGCUCUUUGUUUAUGAGAUCCAAGCCAAAGACAUCAGUUAUGCACAGUGAAAUGAAGUUGGUAAGAAUAAUGAAAUAAAGAUUAAGAGAUCAGGUGUGUGUUUCAGGAAGAGUUUUGUUAGUGAAUUCCUCUGAAUGAUUCACUCUCAUCCAAUCAGAUGCAAGUAUUUCUAGUAGCUUAUAACAAUAGUCAGUGAAUCAUGUUUUUAAAGGUUGGAAAUAUUGUAUCAAAUGCUAAAUUAUAUUUCAUCCCAAAUCAGAUUGCAAACGGAUCGUGUAAUGUGCAUCAGACUUUAUGGGUCUAUGUCCGUGCCUUAAGUUUUAUUAUGCAAGAAUUUUGCUCCAUUCCAUGUAUAUUUCAUAUGCCAGUAGAUAUGCUGCUUAAGUGCAAACUUUUGAUAGAAUGUCAAUUAAGAUAUGAAUGUUUUUAAUUUUGUACAAAUCAUGUCUUAGAAGUAGUGUACAAGCUAUGCAUAUGGAUAAAAUGGGCAUUCUAAAUGAAGAUAAUGAUGUUCCUCCCUUUUCAACAAUUGCAACAAUCUUUUUUUUAAAAUUUAUUAAUAUUACUUUGUCAUGUUAGUAGGAAAAUAACAGAGCCUGGAAGAUGACAUGACACGUUAUAUUUCUUUAAAAACUUCUCUCUGUUUAUAACUCUUUUAAACGAGUAACUCUUUCCCAUGACUUAUAUAUUCUUCCAUUGGUUUACUUGAAGAGAGUUAUAAGUCAUGUGAAUGUGUUAAUAUGUUGAGGAAACGAGUUAGUAAGUUGUUUGAACAAGUUUUUAAAAUGAAAACUUUAUGUCAUCUUUGGGGCUUUGUACAAUCAUGGACCUAUUACAAACGGACAUUCAACGAGAGCAUUUUAUGGCCACCACCUGUUUCCAGCUAUCAAAAUUGCCGUCACACAGUUAACUUUCUCUUUGAGCUUUUUUUACGAGCGCCAGGGGCGAUUGUUUACUCAAUCCCUUCUCGGACCAUGACAGUCACCGCUCGAUCUCUGGCCCUCUUUCAAUCAGAUGCGGUCAUGUAAGCUUGAUUGCUGCGAUCAGGGAAAGUCCCUGCAUUACCUAUAAUGCAAUGCGCAAUUUAUUUCCGGUUUUCAAUACAUUAUUUCACGCUGUCAAUAUUGUACAAUUGUCGUCUGAUCAUCAGGAAAAAAAUCCUUUUAAAUUUCGCCAAUCUCUGGAAUUUUACACCCGAAUGAAAACGAACUUCUGACCGAAGGUAAGCGCGACUAUCGACAUCAAUACUGUCCGAAAAAGAUACAUUUUAACGUCUUUCCGCACAUUUCUGCAUCAAAUUUUAACUGCUUUUAUGCUGGAGAUAUACUGAUUUGCACGGUGAUGUCAAUGCAUUUUGUGAGCGGUUGUUAGCAAUGUACGUAAAAAAUAGUUUAUGCUUGCCUGUUUUCUUGUUUCUGCGAUCAUUUUCAUAGCGCUAAUGUUCGCUGCUGUGUGUUGCUUUUGAUAAAGUGAACGAACAACAUCGCAAUGUGUAGGAGCAGCGCACAAUUGAUUUCCGCUGUCCAUCAGUGACAGCGUGUUUUACGACCGGCUUGAUGGGCGUCGGCUGCCAGCGCUCUGUUUAUAAAAGGAUUAGCGGUGACGGUUUUGGGCCCAAAGGAGGGGAUUCGUUGAAUGUCCAGUUGUAAUAGGUCCAUGGUACAAUGUACUUACACAGACAAUUAUUUUUAUUUUUAACAAAAUAUUUGGUGCUAUCAUCGAUGUUCAUUAUCAAAGAGGAGGCUGCUUUGUAGAAUUUUAAGGUGCUAUUUUUUUAACCACACUGCCAGACAAUCAAUCGUCAAAACUUUUUUACAUAACAUUUUUAUGUACUAUAUUGUCAUAAAAAUCAUGGAAUGGUACUUAAAUCUAAGCAAUAACCCAUUUUUAAAAAUAUAUAUUUAAUGUAAUCAUGAUGUGAAUGUAUUGUAAUUUACAUUCUUUGUACAAAUGUUUUUGAUGAUAAUUUGUAAGUAGCCCUGAAGUUUUAUGUUCCAAGUUUUGUUUUUUGCCUUAGGCAGUAUCAGCAGCUUUGCUUUGCAAUGGAUGUCAAUUUGUUUGCUUGUGUGCAGAGUUUUAAAUUGCAUAGUUAAUCCUAGUUUACAUGAAUUAUAAUGUGUUUUCUGUUGGUAUUUAUUUCAGAUAUAUUUUUAAAGUUUGUUAUUCUAUCCUGAUUGAAAAUAGCCACUAUUCACAAAGUAAGUAGGUUAAACCAUGACUUUCACCUUGUGGAGUGUAGGAUGCUGUUAAUUUAUUGAUGCUCUAGUCUCAGGAUUUACCGGUACAGAAAGCUCUAGAAAUUGUCAUUUUCCAGACAUUUCAUAAUAGUUUGCAGAGUAGAUACAAAUGCUCUUCAAGUUGCAUAAGAUUCUAAAAUCUGUUUCAGUUUUUCUAAUCUCUUGUUUUAAGUUUUGGUUUAACUACUAUGACAGGAAUCUCUCACAGAAAGGUUUGAUUAAUUAACUCAUUUGAUACUUUAAUUAUUCAUAAUUGUCUGGGAAUAAUAACUAGAAUAGUUUUUUUCAUCAUUAGAGCAUGAGGAAAGAGUAUAUUUUGCACAGAAAACACCCGGUGUAAACAAUUCUUCUACACUUUUGGCUUCCCAUAAACCAUGGCUAAAAUAAAACUGGAUUUCAGAAUACAAGCCUAGUACUAGUUUAAACAAUGGUUUAAUCAGGUAUACCUAUGUGAAUACAGGCCUGUGUGUUUACAUGUAGUGUUAUAUAUUUUGUAUUUAUUUUAGAUAUAUUUUGUAUGUUUUUUUUUUUCUUCAAAACUAGAAUUUAGCUGCAGGUUUUGUCGCUUUAUCUGUCAUUGCAUUGUACUUUGUUUCCGCAACUUUUACGGUACAAUGAAUAGUAUUUUUUUUUUUUUUCUUUCUUUGCCAUCACACAAAAUAUCAGUUACUGUAAAGAAAAAAACUUCAGCAAAUUUUUAUCAAGAAUGUUGACAUAUGCAAAUCAUCACCAUGCAAAGUGAAUAUUGUCUAUUUUCCAAGCAUGUUUUAAAUCCCAGCAGAUUUAUUUUCAAAAGAUUGACUGUUUUAAGCACAAUUUAGGACCAAAUUGUUCAAAGUAAAAUUACAUAAGAAAAUAGAUUUAGAAUAAGAGACCGAGACAAAAUCUGAAAAUAUUGCCAGUACUUGGUGUUAACAUUACACAAUUUGGAGUAUGUGGUACAUGUAGCUCCGUUAUGUUGAUGUGUAUUUCUCUUAACACAAAUAAUUCAAGUAUAUUUUCAUAUGGAAAGUUAUAAACAAGGUAGCUAUGUAUCUUACAUGUAUAUGUGUGUCUAUAUGCUGCUACUUACAUUUUAACUCUCAUUCACACUUCUCGUUUUCGAUGUGAUUGUACUUCUAUACAGAUGUAAACAGCCUCAUUAGAUUCAACAAAUGCCUCACUAUAAUGUAUGUACAUAAUAUAUUUAGUAAACAUAGGUGAUUUUAAGAAGCACAAUUCAGAUCGUCUUCCCGAGCUCCAACGCCUUACGUCAGUUACAAAAACAAAUGAUCCAAUCCAAAUUAAAACAUUCCUCAUGAGAUGGAAUCUGUCGUCUCAGUUAUUCAUACUUAAUAUGCAUUGUAGCUUGUGCUUAUCAUUAAAGUGAUUGAUAUUUAUUACAAUCUA